UUGGGCCUGGAACUUAAUCCCAAAAGGGCCUUCAUACGCGUACGUUUGUCAACCCAAUUGGCUGGUCUCUAAUCUCUAUCAUCUAGGGCUGUGGGUAAAUCCGAGGCCCGCAGUCACUUCAUAUAUAAUCCCGACUUUCUCGUCUAUUUGCAUCUCCGCUUUCCUAAAAAACCCUACCUGCCGCCAAUCUACACAGCAGCAGACAACCAAUCGACCAAGGUUUUCGGAUCUCCACUCUCGGACCUGCAAUCAUGGCGGAGGUGGAGGCCGAUGUCGCUGUUGCUGAACAGCCAAAGAAGAGAACGUUCAAGAAGUUCAGCUUCCGAGGUGUGGAUUUGGAUUCUCUUCUUGACAUGUCCACGGAUGAUCUCGUGAAGCUCUUCACUGCUCGUGCUCGCAGAAGGUUCCAGAGAGGCCUGACCAGGAAGCCUAUGGCUCUGAUCAAGAAGCUUCGCAAGGCGCAGAAAAGGGAGGCACCAGCAGGCGAGAAGCCAGAGCCAGUGAGGACCCACCUCCGCAACAUGAUCAUUGUCCCUGAAAUGAUCGGAAGCGUCAUUGGCGUAUACAAUGGCAAGACCUUCAACCAGGUCGAAAUCAAGCCUGAGAUGAUCGGUCACUACCUGGCUGAAUUCUCCAUCUCAUACAAGCCUGUGAAGCACGGAAGGCCUGGUAUUGGUGCUACUCACUCCUCGAGAUUCAUCCCUCUCAAGUGAAGGGUGUGGUUUUGGUCACAUGUUGUUUGUCAGUGCUCAAGUCUUUUGCUGUUUGUCAAAAUAGAUCUAUCUUAAUUAUGCUUAUGCCAGCUUAGUUGGAACUUGGAAUACAUGUCUCUUACUGACUUAUGAUCUUCAGAUCUAUACAGUAUUAUGUUGUAUUGGGGCAUCCGUGAUUUCAGUUUGGUUGUUAGUUUUGAGUGCCCUUAUGGAUUAUGGUUUGUGUCGUUAUAGCUUGGUAUCUAUGCUCUAACUACUGAAGAAGUUUUUUUGGGAUUUUUUUUACCUCUUGCGCUCCUUCUGGUAAUUUUGAGUAGUUUUGCCAUCGAUUGAUGAUUACUGUGUGAUCAUCAAUCGAU